AAAUUAAUCUGGAACCCAACCCAACCCGGGAUUUGAUCUAGCCUGACGUCAACCCGCGCAUUCGGAAGAGACAGGGAAAAGUGUCCGGCUCCAAUCGCUUUCAGCCUCGACCCCACGUGUGAAAAGCCUGGUCUCUGUGCGGACGGCCUGCCUCUCCCCCCACCAUGAAGUUCGGGCACAGGUUCAAGGAGACGUUGAAGAAGGAGGGGUUCCCGCCGGACUGGGUCGAGUCGGCCAUCUCCUACUCGCAGCUCAAGAAGUGCAUCAAUCGGCUGACCAAUGAGCUUGCGGAGCUGGGGCUGGAGCCCGAGACGCUGCGGAAGCUGUUGAAGCACGUCGAGGAUUACAAUGCGGCGAACCGUGGCGAUGAUGAUAGACCGUUGGAGUAUCUCCUGUCGGGGGAGCAGGAUGACGGCGAGAGCGAGAAAAAGCCGGAAUCGAAUCAGUUGUUCCAUCCCAAGUUGCUCUUCUACGUCAAUGAGAGUACAGGGGAGCUUGACAGCGCCCAUUUGAACGAGGAGACAAGGCAUAAACUGCAGCUCCUCGCCCUCGAGACGGGCAUGUCGAAUGUACGUGUGGUCGAGGAGCCGCAGCCAACGGAAUCCGAUAUCCCUCCCUCUUCUCCCACAUCCGGCAUCAGAAGGAGAGCCGGGUACCGCACCGUCGAAGUCCCCCUGACGUCCGACUCGGAGUUCUUCUCACGCCUCGCCGCCGAGCUGUCUGGCUUGGAGGAUCUCCAGGAGCGCGAGGAAAAGCGCAUGCACGCCGAGAUCGAGCAACUGGGUCGGCAAGUCGCCCGCCUGACGGACCCAGACCGCCGCGCCAGCAGGAAGAUCAUUAACACGUGGCGCGAAAUAUUCCAGGUCUACGUCGAGAGCGGCAUCUUCUUCGGCACGACGGAGGUGGACCACGGGGGUCACGAUGCCGAGACGGCGGCGGAGCGGUUCCAGCGGUUUGCCAGCAUCGUCGCGGAGAAGGGGCUCGUGGAUCGGCUCAAGGGGUCGGAGAAUCUGAGGGCGCUGAACCGGUUCAUGGGCAUCAAUCGGGAGAUUCUGCAGGGCUUGCGGUUCGGGGAGAUCAAUCGGACGGCCAUGACGAAGAUAUUGAAGAAAUUCGACAAGCAGAGCGGCCUGGGCGUGCGGUCGACGUUCCCGCGCCGCAUCGAGUACCCCGAGUUCUCGGAGCAUCUGGCCAAAGCCGUGUGCGCCGAGGUCCACACGCAGAUUCUCAGCAGCGUGCCGCAGCUCGACGACUACAGCUGCCCCAUGUGCAUGGACAUCAAGUGGCGCCCCGUGCGGCUGCGGUGCGAGCACACGUUCUGCAUCCGCUGCCUGAUUGUCAUGCAGACGAAUAAGCAGCAUUAUUGCCCGCUGUGCAGGGAGAAGACGGUGAUUGAUGCGUGUUCGGAUAAUCUGGACACGGAAUUGGCGGCGUUUCUGAAGAAGUGGUUUCCGCAGGAGGUCAAGCAGAAGCAGCGGUACAAUGAGCACAUGGCGGGCGUGGACCAGUACGGCGAGGUGUACACGGACAAGUGCUGCGUCAUGUAGUGGAGAGCAGAUAUCAUGUCCGCGUCUACCAUAUGCGCUGCUGAGAUUAGGGAAGGAGUGCUUAGGACUAAGGGAGGUACGGUGAUGGGGAUGAUGGGAUGGAGUCAAGAUACCCGCAAUGAUGGAUGGGCUUUUGGGAUU